GGACCCUGCCCGGCUCCGCUCCGUCCCGCUCCCUCUCGCAGCGCCGGACCCCCGGGUCUCUGGAGACAAGCCGGCGCGUGUGCCAUGGCCGUGCCGUGGGCCCUUGCUCUGGCCUUGGCCGCUGGCCUGGCCACUGCCAAGCCACCCAACAUAGUGCUGAUCCUUGCUGAUGACCUGGGCUAUGGGGACUUGGGCUCCUACGGCCACCCCAGUUCCAACACCCCCAACCUGGACCAGCUGGCGGCAGCGGGGCUGCGGUUCACAGACUUCUACGUGCCGGUGUCUCUGUGCACACCCUCCCGGGCUGCCCUCCUGACUGGCCGAUUCCCAGUUCGGAUGGGCCUGUACCCUGGAGUUCUGGAGCCUGACUCCCGAGGGGGCCUGCCCCUGGAGGAGGUGACCCUGGCUGAGAUCCUGGCCGCCGAAGGCUACCUCACAGGGAUGGCUGGCAAGUGGCAUCUUGGGGUGGGGCCUGGGGGGGCCUUUCUGCCCCCCCAUCAGGGCUUCCAUCGAUUCCUGGGCAUCCCAUACUCCCAUGACCAGGGCCCUUGCCAGAACCUGACCUGCUUCCCGCCGGCCACCCCCUGCAAUGGAAUCUGUGACCAGGGCCUGGUCCCUAUCCCGCUGUUGGCCAACAUGUCUGUGGAAGCGCAGCCCCCCUGGCUGCCUGGACUUGAGGCCCGCUAUGUGGCUUUCGCUCUUAACCUCAUGGUUGAUGCCCAGCACCAGGGCCGCCCAUUCUUCCUGUACUACGCCUCCCACCACACCCACUACCCCCAGUUCAGUGGACAAAGCUUUGCCGGGCACUCAGGCCGCGGGGCAUUUGGAGACUCCCUGAUGGAACUGGACGCCGCUGUAGGAGCCCUGAUGACUGCUGUGGGAGACCUGGGGCUUCUUAGAGAGACACUGGUUAUCUUCACAGCAGACAACGGACCAGAGACAAUGCGAAUGUCCCACGGCGGCUGCUCUGGCCCUCUGCGAUGUGGAAAAGGAACCACCUUCGAGGGGGGCGUCCGAGAGCCUGCCUUGGCCUUCUGGCCAGGCCACAUCAUUCCUGGCGUGACGCACGAGAUGGCCAGCUCCCUGGACCUACUGCCCACCCUGGCAACCCUGGCCGGGGCCCCACUGCCCAACAUCACCUUGGAUGGCUUUGACCUCAGCGGCCUGCUGCUGGGCACAGGCAAGAGCCCCCGGCAGACUAUGUUCUUCUACCCAGCCUUCCCUGAUGAGCUCCGUGGGGUCUUUGCUGUGCGGAGUGGAAAGUACAAGGCCCACUUCUUCACCCAGGGCUCUGCCCACAGUGACACCACAGCAGAUCCUGCCUGUCAUGCUUCCAGCCCUCUGACUGGCCAUGAGCCCCCGCUGCUCUUUGACCUAUCUGAGGACCCUGGUGAGAACUACAACCUUCUGGGGAGUGGGUCUGAGGUCAACCCGGAGGCCAUGGAGGCAGUGAAGCAGCUUCAGCUGCUCAAGGCCCAGUUUGAUGCGGACAUAACCUUCAGCCCCAGCCAGAUGGACAGGGGUGAGGACCCUACCCUGCAGAUGUGUUGCCAGCCAGGCUGCAACCCCUGGCCUAACUGCUGCCACUGCCCAGGGCCCCCAGCCUGAGGGCACUGCCCCAGCUCUGGCCCCGCCCCCAGCCCUGCCCUCCCAUUGCUGUGGCUCUGGCAAGGACCCAUUUGUACCUUAUAACCCAAUAACACCAGCUGACACUUGUA